GGUGGUUCUGUGCUGGGAGGGGCAGAGGGUUACCCUCUGCUGCCAGUCACUGGGGGAGGGGGAGCAGGUUUCUGGAUGGGACUGAUGAAGUUUCAGUCUGGGUGUUUUGGUGUCUGAGCACCUCUGAUGGUUAGGGGUCCCUGGAGGUCCCAGUCUGCUCUAUACCUGGAAGGGGUGUGUGUGCCUAUGGAGUGCUAUAUACUGCCAGGAGGGAACUCUCAGGUUUAAUCAGAGGUGAAGGAGACGGAUGCAACAGGCUGCCCUGCUAUCAUAUGCUGCACCAUGGCACUGCUGGGACUGCUGUUUGUGUCUACCUGCAUGUACUCAGGAUGCCAGGCAUUGCAAGUCACUGUGCAGUACGCCGAGCGGUACACCAUGUUAUUCUCCAACGUCAUUCUCAAGUGUGAUUACAGCACCUCGGCGCAGGUGCAGGACAUAACCGUCACCUGGCUGUACAAGUCCUUCUGCAAAGAUCCCAUCUUCGACUACUACUCGGCCUCCUAUCAGGCGGCUUUGAGUUUGGGACAAGACCCUUCCAUUGACUGUAAUGACAACCAGCGUGAAGUGCGUAUCGUCAUCCAAAAACGCGGGCAGAAUGAGCCUGUACUGGGCACUGAUUACAGACAGCGCAAGAUCACUAUUCAGAACAAAGCCGACUUGGUCAUCAGUGAAGUCAUGUGGUGGGAUCACGGUGUCUAUUACUGCACUGUGGAGGCUCAGGGAGACACGUCCGGGGAUCCCGACAAGGAAAUCAAGCUGAUUGUGCUGCAUUGGCUUACCGUGCUGCUCAUUGUUCUGGGGGGGCUAUUGCUAAUAAUGCUCUUUGGGAUCUGUUGCUGCCAGUGCUGUCCCCAAUGUUGCUGCUGCUACGUCCAGUGCCCAUGUUGCCCGGCCAAAUGCUGCUGCCCGGAGGAAGCCAUUGCCCGCCACCGAUACAUGAAGCAGAUGCAAGGUCUUGUUCCCUGGAUGGUGGAGAAACCUUUUUACGCUGGAGCUGACCGGAAUUCUCAGCACUCCUCCUAUCAACUCAACCCGUUACUUCAGAGAGACUUCUCAUUGCAGAACAGCCAGCCGAUGGUCAGGCAGCCGAGCUACCCGCAAAGCAACAACAAAGUGCUUGAUUUUCUGGAGACCGAAAUUAAAAACCUGAACACAACGCAGCCACUGGCACGGGGCCCUCACCGUAGCGCAGCCAGCCACCACCCCAGCUUGUUGUCUUCCCUGGGCGAGACUGGGGUGGUAGAGCGUAGAGUCAUCCAGCUUCCGCCCAUUGUAGAGCACGUCGUCAACUCUCACAGGAGUAGCAACUCCUCCCAACACCGAAGACAGAACUCAUGGGACCCGCUGGAGAGUGACAGAGACAGACGGAGGAAUAGGUCGCUGGAAGACUCCUACUCCACUGACAGUGAUUGGAGAGACCGGCCGAGAGGCGACAGACCUCAUGGAUACAGGAGGGACCUGCCAAGUGAUGGCCGCUCAAGAAGAGAUCUCUCCCCACCUCGCAGGCAUGAACGAGGCAGUCCCAGCGGGGAUUUUGCUUACGAUGACUAUCGCGAUCGUUUCUCUGGCAGAAGACGUUCUCCUGAGAGAGAGCAGCGGUCCAGGAGAAGAGGAAGCCCAGAACGCUACACGCGGCGGCGGAGUCACUCUCCGCCGUAUGAACGGAACUCGUUGAGUUCGGACGAUGACAGCCAGCCUGCCAGGGGCAGGAGGGAGAGGCGCCCGCAGUCUAAUGAGUGGCCGGAGGAUAGACCGCCCAGCUACAAGUCUAUUGACAUCACUGUAGGAAAGAACAAAAAGCGGCAAGGGUCUGCUGGGAGGCCGUCGGACCGGGCCAGUUCCAGAAGCGGCAGGAGCAUGGUCAUUUAGCCGCAGAACCUGCGAUGAGAAACAUCCAGAGGCAACGCUACGGAACUGUGAUAAUGUUCUGCGUCAUGAAAAUAUUUGUCCUGACGAGGACGGCACACCGGGAGUCUAGACAGCUGCUAUGGCCAGGCAUCACCGCGGAGCCAGGCUUAGACAUGAACAAGUCCAGGGAAUGGAUAGAAGUUCCGGCACUGCAAGUUUACCCAUAACGAAGAGGCCAGUAAAAUACCGCAGCUGCUUCUCAUUAGAGCGGAAACAUUCUAAAAAAUGACACUUAUGACGAACUGUAAUUGGGGCCCUUGCAGGAUUGGAGCCUGAUGAUUACUGAUGCUUUAAGCAACUGGGCCUCAAGCCGUUGAUAAAAGCAGACCCAACAAAUACACGUUUAAAGUAAACCUUUUCUACAGUAGACCGAUGACUGAGAUGUUCCCUGCUCAGUGACUGUUUCACAGCGCAACCUAGAAGUUUGAUCACUGGUGGCAUUUAAUAGAAAAGAGAAGGUGGAGGCAGGUAGAGCAGCAUUCUAUUAGUAUAAAAAGACCUGUUGCCAAAUUAUAAUAGCCCACGAGUUGCAGAAAGUGCUGUUUGUUCAACUUAACCGUAAGAUUUAAAGCACUGAUUUAAAAAAAAAUUUUUUUUAAGGCAAAAUCAAUCUGAUUUUGCAGUGAUUCAGUGCAAAGAUCUUCGGAACCCUGGCAUUUUCGCCACCCACAGUUGUUUUUGGCCAAUGUAGCUUUAUAGAUUUAACUAAAAAGGUACCAGAGUCUGUUCAAAUACUGUAACCUUCAAAAUACCAUCACUUAGUCCAUGGGUCUUCAACCUGCGGCCCUCCAGCUGCUGUGAAACUGCACAUCCCAGCAUGCCCUGCCACAGUUUUGCUAUUACGGCAUGCUAAAACUGAGCAGGGCAUGCUGGUCUGUGUAGUUCUACAACAGCUGGAGGGCCACAGGUUGAAGACCCAUGACUUAGACAAACACUCACCUAUGACCACUCCAGUGAACGAAUGAGUUACUUUUUUUCAUUCUACAUGACUGCAAACAAGCAUUAGUGCGUUCUAUGGAAAAACUGCACGUGCGGAAUCUGCAACUACUGUAGAAGUUAUAUCAUUUGUCUGUAGAACAAGAUGAUGUCUCGUACUGCAAAUAAUUACCAGGGCUCAUUCAUGAAUGCCGCAUAUUGGUGCUAAAAUUGUACUGAACCACAGCAGCCUAUCAGGAAUCUGCUUUUGGGUGUCUAGUGCAAGCUAGAAGAUCAAAGAAGGUAUCUCAUUGGUUGCUGUAUGACUUUCCACCCAAAUGAAAUGUUAGUAAAUCAGCACUUCUGUGUUUACAUGUAGAAGUGUAGGGAGUUUAUAUUUUGUCGUUUUUAUUUGCAGACACUCUUCCCUCCAUACAUUUGUAUUACUUUGUGGACUUUUUAAACGCCAUUGGCCAUAUAUGACCUUUGUAAAUACUGACUGUAAUCAUAGAUUGCAAUAAUAUCUCUGUGAUAUCAGGUUAUGUACAGUACGUGUAAUGUAAAUAAAUGAGCUGACUUUA